AUGCUCGUUGAGCCCGCAUCAAAAGGCGAACAAACGAAGGCACCAACCGCACACGAGACGCCGCCGAGAUCACCAGAUAACAGCCAGUGUUUUUGGUCCUUCGUCAUGUAUUUGAUAUAUCUCAGAUCAGCUAGAUUGCAUUUGCUUGCGCUCGACGGGACCUCUCGUUUGCUGUGGCAUCAUGCAGGCUCGCUGGAGUUCAUCGUCGGAGCGUCAAAGGUGAAGACUCGCUCGAGCAAAACGUUGCUAUCGCUGUCUUCAAUAUCUUCUUCAUUGUCCUUGUCGUCGCUACCUUCAAUUCUCCUAUCCGACCUUGAGGAAAGCAAUAUACAGCCUCGCCCCCGUCUCGUCAGAAUCCGUCACACGCUGAUCGUUUCGCUGCCGCUGCCAGAGUAUCUCGGUGGACCGAAACGCACUCCUCCUCCCAUGCCCGUUCUCCCUACAUAUGAUCGCGCUUUCUGGGUUAUUCAAGCUUUAGGACUGAAGCGGCUGGACAAUGACAGUCACAAUCCGCGGUUCGUCGUGCCCGCCGUCACUGCACUUGCAAAAGAGGCGGCCAGACUUGCUAUCACGUUACCCCGGAGCCUGACUCUUCUCACCGAUGCUGCGUGCGAUGAUUCCACAUUGAAAAUCGAGCUCGAUGAUGUGCUGUCCAGGUUGGGACCGCAGAUCUGGGGCAGUGGUGCGAAUAGAACAUGGCUACUUAACGCUCGUGGGGCCAACGGUUAUGAAAAGGAUCUCGAGUUUGAAAAUGAGGGAGAUCGUGCUGUGAUCGUGCAUCAUCUCCGCAACUGGAUCUUCCUUAAGGCUUGGAAUAUCAUUCGAAAUAACACAAGACCGCAGGAACAUGAGCCUGCUCGACAAUCUUCCUCAGCUACAUUUGCAGAGAUCUGGACUCGAGCGAGGAAUGGAGACGCACUUAUCAAGCGAUGGCGCCGUUGUAGCCCACGACUCCUUGCAGUCGGUCACACGGUCGCAAGUCUACCGUAUGGACUCACGAUUCACGGCGAGCAACCCACGGAGAUUAACACCGCCAGCUCAGAAGCACUCCACUCGGCUGCAGCUUCUCAGGUGCCCUCAAGCGAAAUCUUCGUCCAAUAUCUUGAACCUUCUCAUCUGCCCUUGGACAAAUAUUGGACCAUUGAAGAAUGGACUUACAUCAGCGAAGACCCAUUCAGCAUUAGCGAGACCAUUUGGGAACAUGUUGGUUACAAUCAAGAUGCAAACUUUCCGGAACUGGUUGCAUUGCGCGAUCACAUUCGAGAGCUCGGUCUGCAAAUUUAUUCGCAGCUUCUAAAAGAAGAUGUUCAUAAGUGUGCAGCAGAAUCCCACUACCUGGAAGAAGAAACUGACAUCUUGCUCGACUUGUAUGCACCACAAUUGUGGGGAAUGGACGCAGAUCGGUCCUUUACUGGACCCAAUGACUUUGAAGGUCCAUACCAGAAGGUUCUAGUGUAUGAAGACGCUGAUGAUAGGAAGAUCCUUUGUCUUCAUAUCCACCAGUUAGUCUUCCUUGGGGCCUUGUCGACUAUGAGAGACUUGGGCGAUAGCCAGAGCCUGACAUUAUCUGGGCAAGAAUGGCUGGAUCAACAACAAGCCCUGCUUGCGGAGAAGUGCGUCUUACCCUGGAAGACCUACGAGCCUCUUUCCAACCAGGACGGACAUGUACCGCCGCAUGGGUUGAAGCGUAGCUAUAGCAGCGCAUCAGGGUCAUCGGCUGAACCCUACGAGUCGGACAAGGAGAACGUAAACUCAUCACCUCUAGUCAUCCCAGCUUCUGCCGUCGAAAAAAGGCCCGCGAAGAGACAGAAGACGGACCACGAUGUCCCCUCUCUAAAGGAGGAGCCAACCUCUCCAAAGCCCAAACCAUUCGCCUACACCGGCAAUUGCCCCCUCACAGCCUCCAUGCUAGAUUACAUGCAUAACUACGGCAGUCCCACCUUCGACGAACAGUCUGCCCUCUGCUCCAUCGAAUUCCGCCUCGCUAAACUGCCGUCCGCCAGCCACAUGGCCCUCUAUAACACCACAUUCACCGUCGUCCUGUCCGAAUGGAUACACUUUCGCUACGCCAUAACUGCCGUCGAGCGGGAAAUCCUCGCCACUUGCAAAGAUGGUGACAAAUAUCAAGGACCAAGUGCUACGGCGCAAAUGAUCCAGAAGUCUCUGCUGCUAAUACAACUACGACAGGCACGUGAUGCAUACCAGGCGUCGACAGAGCUUAGGCUGAGCGCCGAACAUUUACUUUGUGUGGGAUUUCAGCAGUUUGAGGAGACGGCUGUGGAGGGAGAGAAGGUUAGUAAGGCGUUGAAGGAUGGGUUUAUAAGGCUGGGCGAGCAACUGUUGGCAUUGGGAGAGAGCUUGGGGGAUGGCAGUUCGAUUUUCAUGGGGGUGGUCGGAACGGGAGGAGUAGAAGUACCUGGGUGGAGGACAGGUUUUUGA